AGCUCCGUGCAGCUUCCCCGUUUAUCGGUUGAUCAAUGCGGCGGCUGACUUCUGCCUUUCGUUUCCGGGCUCUGUUUAAUAUAAUCAACAGUUCCGACAUUUAUGAGUGAUUGAUUAGCAUCAUGACGGCCAACAGCCGCUGUUCCGCCGCGGAGCCUCCGGGCCUGGAGACCCAGCGGCGGGAGAUCGAAUCUUUGCUGCGGGAGUGUGAGCUCCGCGCUGGGGACAGUUGGUAUGUGGUGGAGCAUCGCUGGUUCGAGCAGUGGAAGGAGUUUGUGGAGACCGGAGACCAGAACUCGUCGUCCUUCCCGGGUCAGAUCGACAACACCGAGCUGUUCGAGGAUCUGGACUCGUAUCACCUGAAGGAGCGUCUGGUGGAGAACGAAGACUUCGUGUUGGUGCCGGCUGAGGCCUGGCACAAGCUGCUGGCCUGGUACGGCAUGGUGGACGGUCAUCCGCCGCUAGAGCGCAAGGUGGUGGACUUGCCCAGCACUCUGAAGGUGGAGGUUUACCCUGUUGAGAUCUUCCUCUGUCUCCAUAGCAACAUGGAGAACGUCAUCACCGCACAGUUCAGCCGCGCCGACAGCAUACAGUCGAUCCAGAGAGCGAUGUGCGAGGCCUUCUCGGUGCCUCCCGGCUCAGAGUGUCGUCUUUGGAUGAAGAGUUCGGACAGUAACUGCGAGCGUCUCAGGAACGUCCACGUGAGCGUGCUGGACGCGUGUCUGAGCUCAGGGAUGACGGUGAUUAUGGAGACGAGGAAUGCUGACGGCACCUGGCCGAGCUCCAGACCUCAGAUCAUGAGGAACUCUGUGGAGGAGCAGGACCCGUACCGAGGACAGCCUGGGGUCUGCGGCCUCACCAACCUGGGCAACACCUGCUUCAUGAACUCUGCUCUGCAGUGUCUGAGUAACACGCCUCCCCUGACGGAGUACUUUCUUCAGAGCCUCUACGUGGACGAGUUGAACUUCACCAACCCUCUGGGUAUGAAGGGAGAGAUCGCGGAGGCCUACGCCGACGUCAUCAAACAGAUGUGGUCGGGGAGGCAUUACUCCGUGGUGCCGCGCGUCUUCAAGACGAAGGUGGGCCACUUUGCGUCUCAGUUUCUGGGUUACCAGCAGCACGACAGUCAGGAGCUGCUGUCCUUCCUGCUGGACGGGCUGCACGAAGACCUGAACCGAGUCAAAAACAAAGAGUACAUCGAGCUGCGGGACGCUGAUGGACGACCUGACCAGGAAGUGGCGGAGGAGGCGUGGCGUAACCACCGGCGGCGGAACGACUCUGUGAUUGUUGACACAUUUCACGGCCUCUUCAAGUCCACGCUCGUCUGUCCUGAGUGCCACAAGGUCUCUGUGACCUUUGACCCCUUCUGCUACCUGAGCGUCCCACUUCCUGUCAGCAAGGAGCGUGUGAUGGAGGUCUUCUUCGUGUCUCUGGACCCAUACGCCAAACCUGUUCAGCAUCGUGUUGUGGUUCCUAAAGCAGGAAAAGUGUCUGACCUCUGCUCUGCUCUGUCAGAGAUGACCAGCGUACCUCCCACACAGAUGGUGGUAGCUGAUGUUUUCAACCAUCGUUUCUAUAAAAUCUACAACGCUGAUGAAUCUCUGAGCUGCAUUCUGGACCGAGACGACAUCUUUGUGUACGAGCUGGGCGUGCAGGAGGAGCAGCAGGAGGAGCAGGUGCUGCUCGCCCUUUACCUGAGGGAGCGCUCUCACUACAGAGACUACGGCUCGGGCAGCAGCGCGUACGGCACGUCGCUGUUCGGACACCCGCUGCUGCUCGGUGUGCCGCGCAGCAGCUGCAGCCAGGAGGCGCUGUACGACCUGUUCCUGCAGCGGCUAGCGCGCUACGUGCGAUCUCCCGACCCUUCUGAGGAGUUGGAGGAAGAGGAGGAGGAAGACGACGAUGAAGAGGAGCUGUACAAGACUCAGACCAACGGCAUCAGCGACGAUGAGCAGCAGGAGGACGCAGAGGCAGCCGGAGCCUCUCAGACAGAACCCUGUGGCGGUGACGUGUCCGCAAACAGCCAACCAGACGCCACCGCCACGCCCCUCCCUGAUCUCAACCACACGCAGCCCUCACUGGACCACGGUGAUACGGAGACCAGUAACGGGACGCAGAGCCAGGCCGAGCCCCUCUGCAGCGCCGAUGACGGGCACACCUGCGGGGACUCGAGCAGGACCUCCGACCCCGGCUCAGAACAAUCGGCAGAGCAGGCGCCGCAGCCCCGUGAGACCACAGAGGAAGAAAAAGAGGAAGACAAGCAGGAGGAGGCGUGUUCUCCCAGCCCGCCAGCCAAUGAGCAGCCAGUGAAGAGGAGGGCGUGUCGGAAGAGGAGGAAGAGUUUGUUCACUAUUCAGGCGGUGAACUCCAACGGGACGACCGAGAGAGGGAUGGGAGAGGGAGGGAGCGCUGUGUCCUUCAGCUCUCAGCCUUAUGUGGCCAUCGACUGGGACCCAGAGAUGAAGAAGAGAUUCUACAACGAAAAUGAAGCCGAGAAAUACGUCAAACAUGCGAGUAUGGAGGUUCCUCAGCAGCAGACCACGGUUCAGCUGCAGGAGUGUAUCGAGCUGUUCACCACCGUGGAAACACUGGAGGAGGAGAAUCCAUGGUACUGCCCGGUGUGUAAGAAGCACCAGCUGGCCACUAAGAAGCUGGACCUCUGGUCUCUGCCGGAGGUUCUCAUCAUCCACCUCAAGAGGUUCUCGUACACCAAGUUCACCAGAGAGAAACUUGACAGCAUCGUGGAUUUUCCCCUCAGAGACCUGGACUUCUCCAGCUGCCUCCUGAGGAAAAAUCUGUCCAAUGGGGAGCCUCCGAGCUGCUAUGACCUCAUUGCCGUGUCCAAUCACUAUGGAGGGCUCAGAGAUGGACAUUACACCAGCUAUGCGAAGAACAAGGAUAACGGUCAGUGGUAUUACUUUGACGACAGCAAAGUGACCUUCGCCACAGAGGACCAGAUCGUGACCAACGCUGCCUACGUCCUGUUCUACCACCGACAAGACAAAAUCAGAAAACCCACUCUGCCCGCCCCCAACACAAGCCCCGCCUCCUCCACCCAGCCUGCCAACGACAUCACUUCCUGCAAAGAUGACAGCGCAGAGCUAGGUACUGCCUCCUAUGUCACCAUGGAAACAGACUGAAGGAACGCUAAAGUUUUAGUUUGAUUUUACUUUACAGUAAUUUGGUUGUUACUUCAUCAGAACAUCAGCCUUUUUUAUUUUUCAGCGACACUUGAACUUUAUUUACUGAUGAGCUGAAACGGAUCCACGAUACUCAGGUAGUUUGAUCGGACUCAGCACUGCAGGGAGGGAACAGAACAGUUUAACUGACCAGUUUCAAAACUGUCAAAAGGAAAAAAUAUUUCUGUUGCCUUUAAAAUGAUCAAUUUAUAAUUUUUAAAUAUUUUAAAAUAUUAAAAAUUUAUUUGAAAAGGUUUUUAAAUUUCAGCGUCUCUGUAGCGUCAUGAAAAAAUAAAUUUCAUUAAUUAAUUUAAUUAAUUAGUUAGCAUUAGCCUUCAGUAACUGCCAUACACUAUACACUAUAUUUGUGUCUGUUGUUUAAGUGAUCAUCUACCUAAUAAACUGAUCACAAGACAGAGUCUGUUCAGCAGUUUCCUGAGUAAAACCCUGGAUUUGAUAGUUUUUACAUUUCAUCGUCUGACGCUUCGUUUCCUGCUUCAACAUUUUCACUUUCCACUUCGUUACGUCUCCAAACCUCAGACAUUUUAGGUGGAUGAGAAUUUAACUCUGCACAAAAUGGGAACGGUUCAUGUUGAAGCAGGAAGUAAAGAGACUGGAAAACAUCAGAGUCUGAUUUAACCUUUUCACAGUUAACUUCAAAUGUAGCUGAACAGAAUUUGAUGAUUCCAUUUUAAAAUUAAAUGAUGAAGAUUAAACGAUUCAUCAUCUAAAGACAAGAAAGAAGAACAUUUAAAACAUUUUUCGUUGAUAUAAACAUUUAAAUUCUAAUUUGAUGAAUUUCUACAUCUUACACCUUUUUCAAAAUUCAGACAUUUUGAAAAACUGUAGUUUGAUUCUGCAGUUAAAAAUCCAGCUUCUGAAACACUGACACUUCAUUGUACCAGUAAAAACUAUUAAAUAUUAUAGUCACGUUAAAUAGUUCAUUCGGAAUUAACCUGAAUCAGUCGCUGAUUGAACUUAUAGCAGAUUAGCUGGUUUGUUGUAUAAUAGCUUUGAACAGAAAACCAUUACAGAGGAGCAGGGAGUGGUGUGGGGGGACCGGGGGGGGGUCGGAGGGGUGUUUAUAACAGAGAAACAGAUAAUUUAAUAUUGAACAAAGCUGCCAGGGAUGAUAAGUUAAUAUUUCUUUGUAUAUUUUGAUUGUUUUCCUCUAGUAUUUAUUUUUUUAUCGGACUAAUUUCAGCUGUCACAUGACUACAGUUUUUUUUUUUCUUGAAUGAUUUUAUGGAUCGACCGGUGCAGGACAUUAAGAUGCUUAUUUUUCCUAUUUAUAGAUAAACUUUGUAUUCAGGCAUAAAGUUGUUUGACGGACAGGAAAGCUGUUCAGUCUGUUCGGGUUUGUGCAGAGAGACUGACGCAGGCGACGUUUUCUCUCUGCGCUCAGACUCAGCUCGCAGUGAUUUUUAAACCGGCUCUGUGUACAGUAUUUUUGUAUUGUAAGAAAUGUAUAAUUAAUAUUAUCAUUCCUGGGUGGAGCAGGAGGGAAGCUCGGGGCGAUUUCUUUCUUUGGUCUUCCCUGUCAAAUAUCAGAUGAAAAUAUUUUAUUGUACUUUCAAUUUUUUUGAUAUGAAUAAAAAGGAUGAUUAUUAUCACGA